GUCCUGGGGGUAGGGGCAGGCGUUGCGGGGAGGCGGCAGGGGGCAGGUCCUGCGGGGGCGGGGCGGGGCGGGGCGGGGGCAGCGCCGGCCCCUGGGCAGCGAGGGGCAGAGUCCGCCAGCAGCCCCGUCCAUUCCCGACCAUCCGCCUGUCCUGUGUCCGUCGGUCCCCGCGUGCGUCUCGCCAGCAUGUCCUUCGUCCCGGUCCCCGCGGACAGCGACUUCCCGAUCCAGAACCUGCCCUAUGGCGUCUUCUCCACCGCUGCCGACCCCAGACCCAGGAUCGGCGUGGCCAUCGGGGAGCAAAUCCUGGACCUCAGCGUCAUCAGACACCUGUUCACGGGCCCCGCGCUCGCCCCGCACCAGGACGUCUUCAACCAGCCCACACUCAAUAGCUUCAUGGGGCUGGGCCUGGCGGCCUGGCGGGAGGCGCGCGCUUUCCUGCAGGACCUGCUGGCCGAGCGCUCGGCUUACGGGCAGCUCCGGGACGACGCGGGGCUCCGCAGCCGGGCCUUCACAGCCCAGACGGCCGCCACCAUGCACUUGCCGGCCACCAUUGGUGACUACACGGACUUCUACUCAUCACGCCAGCACGCCACCAACCUGGGCAUCAUGUUCCGGGGCAAGGACAACGCACUGAUGCCCAACUGGCUGCACCUCCCAGUGGGCUACCAUGGCCGUGCCUCCUCCAUCGUGGUGUCAGGGACCCCCAUCCGCAGGCCCCUGGGGCAGAUGAAGCCUGACGACUCCCAGCCCCCUGUGUUUGGGCCCUGCAGGCUGCUGGACAUGGAGCUGGAGAUGGCCUUCUUCGUGGGCCCUGGGAACCCACAGGGAGAGCCCAUCCCCAUCUCCAGGGCCCAGGAGCACAUCUUCGGGAUGGUUCUCAUGAACGACUGGAGCGCCCGUGACAUCCAAAAGUGGGAGUACGUGCCAUUGGGGCCUUUCCUGGGCAAGAGCUUUGCGACCACCAUCUCCCCCUGGGUGGUGACAAUGGACGCCCUCCUGCCCUUCACUCUACCCAACCCGGUGCAGGACCCCCAGCCACUGCCCUACCUGCGCCACCAGCAGCCUUUCACCUUUGACAUCAGCCUCUGUGUGUCCCUGAAAGGAGAGGGCAUGAAGCAGCCCGUCACCAUCUGCAGGUCCAACUUCAAGCACAUGUACUGGACACUGCUGCAGCAGCUCACUCACCACUCUGUUAACGGCUGUAACUUGCGGCCUGGGGACCUGCUGGCUUCUGGAACCAUCAGCGGUCCGGAGCCCGAGAGCUUCGGCUCCAUGCUGGAGCUGUCCUGGAGGGGGACGAAGGCCAUCGAGCUGGGGGACGGGCACAGCAGGAAGUUCCUGCAGGACGGGGACGAGGUGGUCAUCACAGGGCACUGCCAGGGCGCUGGCUACCGUGUGGGCUUCGGCCAGUGUGCGGGCAAGGUGCUGCCUGCCCUCCCGUAGCCUAAGGCCUCUGGGAAAUAAAGUUGUGGACAUACUCCAA